GAGAGGGAAAGAGGAGGAAGAAGAUGCGGGAGGGCAGAGGAGGAGGGAGGGAGGGAGGAAAGGGGAGCGCAGCUCGGCCCGGAAACUAGGUGAGCUUGGCAUCAGAGCCGAGGGACGGGAGCCUGCGACGCCGCUGCAGAUCAGGGCUGAGUAUCUCGCCUCUCUCCCUGAUGGGAUUCCCGUCCACGCCGUCUCGAGCCUGCUGCGCCCCAGUCCUCGGCCCUCGCCCAGGUUCGCUGCAGCUGUUCAGAGGUCCCCAAGAGCUGCUGCUUGCGAGCCUGCUACUGCAGGGAUCUAUGGAGCCAUUCCGUAGUGCCAUCCAGAGCAACGCACUGCCGCAGCUCCUCUGAGCAUUUCCAGCAAGUUUGUUCAAGAUUGGCUGUCAAGAAUCAUGGACUGUUAUUAUAUGCCUUGUUUUCUGUCAAGACACCAUGAUUCCUGGUAACCGAAUGCUGAUGGUCGUUUUAUUAUGCCAAGUCCUGCUAGGAGGCGCGAGCCAUGCUAGUUUGAUACCUGAGACGGGGAAGAAAAAAGUCGCCGAGAUUCAGGGCCACGCGGGAGGACGCCGCUCAGGGCAGAGUCAUGAGCUCCUUCGGGACUUCGAGGCCACACUUCUGCAGAUGUUCGGGCUGCGCCGCCGCCCGCAGCCUAGCAAGAGCGCGGUCGUCCCGGAUUACAUGCGGGAUCUUUACCGGCUUCAGUCUGGGGAGGAGGAGGAGGAGCAGAUCCACAGCAUCGGUCUGGAGUAUCCCGAGCGCCCCGCCAGUCGGGCCAACACCGUGAGGAGCUUCCACCACGAAGAACAUCUGGAGAACAUCCCAGGGACCAGCGAAAACUCUGCUUUUCGUUUCCUCUUUAACCUCAGCAGCAUCCCAGAGAACGAGGUGAUCUCGUCCGCAGAGCUUCGACUCUUCCGGGAGCAGGUGGACCAGGGCCCUGACUGGGAGCAGGGCUUUCAUCGUAUAAACAUUUAUGAGGUUAUGAAGCCCCCGGCAGAAGUGGUGCCCGGGCACCUCAUCACACGACUACUGGACACGAGACUGGUCCACCACAAUGUGACACGGUGGGAAACUUUUGAUGUGAGCCCUGCAGUCCUUCGCUGGACCCGGGAGAAGCAGCCCAAUUAUGGGCUGGCCAUUGAGGUGACCCACCUCCAUCAGACACGGACCCGCCAGGGCCAGCAUGUCAGGAUUAGCCGAUCGUUACCUCAAGGGAGUGGGGAUUGGGCCCAGCUCCGGCCCCUCCUGGUCACCUUUGGCCAUGAUGGCUGGGGACAUGCCUUGACCCGACGCCGGAGGGCCAAGCGUAGCCCCAAGCAUCACCCACAGAGGGCCCGGAAGAAGAAUAAGAACUGCCGGCGCCACUCGCUCUAUGUGGACUUCAGCGAUGUGGGCUGGAAUGACUGGAUUGUGGCCCCACCAGGCUACCAGGCCUUCUACUGCCACGGGGACUGCCCCUUUCCACUGGCCGACCACCUCAACUCAACCAACCAUGCCAUUGUGCAGACCCUGGUCAACUCUGUCAAUUCCAGUAUCCCCAAAGCCUGUUGUGUUCCCACCGAACUGAGCGCCAUCUCCAUGCUGUACUUGGAUGAGUAUGACAAGGUGGUACUGAAAAAUUAUCAGGAGAUGGUAGUAGAGGGAUGUGGGUGCCGCUGAGAUCAGGCCUUCCUUGGGGACACACACACACACAAACACACACACACACACACACACACACACACACACACACACACACGUCCCAGCCACUACUCACCCACACACUACACAGACUGCUUCCUUAUAGCUGGACUUUUAUCUUAAAAAACAAAAAAAACAAAAAAAAAGGAAAAAAAAAAUCUAAACAUUCACCUUGACCUUAUUUAUGACUUUAUGUGCAAAUGUUUUGACCAUAUUGAUCAUAUAUUUUGACAAAAUAUAUUUAUAACUACGUAUUAAAAGAAAAAAAUAAAAUGAGUCAUUAUUUUAAAGGUAAA